CCGGGACUGGACGCCAUUUCCAGCGGUUGCGGCUCUUCACCCGUUGCGUCCCGCCGGGACAAUGAGCUAUGACUCCCACCAGAACUGGAGCCGCGACGGGGGAUCCCGAAGCUCUGGCGGGGGCUACGGCGGGGGCCGCGGGGGAAGCAGAGGACCUGGGGGUAGUGGGGGAGGGCGGGGCGGCCGCGGCCGGCAUCCCGCGCACCUGAAGGGCCGCGAGAUUGGCCUGUGGUACGCGAAAAAGCAGACGCAGAAGAACAAGGAUGCCGAGAGGCAGGAGAGAGCUGUGGUACACAUGGAUGAACGACGAGAAGAGCAAAUUGUGCAGCUGCUAAAUUCUGUCCAAGCAAAGAAUGAUAAAGAUUCAGAAGCAGAGAUAUCCUGGUUUGCGCCUGAGGAUCAUGGAUAUGGUACUGAAGUUUCUGAUAAGACAAAACCAAGCUCAGAGAAGAAACUUGACAGCCAGGAAAAGAAAGUGAAAAACCAAGAUAAAAAGACAUGUAGGAUCAGGGACAAAUCAUACAUUGACCAAGAUUCUGAGUAUCUCUUACAAGAAAAUGAACCAGAUGGAACCUUAGACCAAAAGUUACUGGAGGAUUUACAAAAGAAAAAAACUGACCCUCGUUAUAUUGAAAUGCAGCAUUUCAGGGAAAAGCUGCCUUCAUAUGGAAUGCAAAAGGAGUUGGUAAAUUUAAUUGAUAAUCAUCAAGUAACAGUAAUAAGUGGUGAAACUGGUUGUGGAAAAACCACUCAAGUUACUCAGUUCAUUUUGGAUAACUACAUUGAAAGAGGAAAAGGAUCUGCAUGCAGAAUAGUUUGUACUCAGCCAAGAAGAAUUAGUGCCAUUUCAGUUGCAGAGAGAGUGGCUGCAGAAAGGGCAGAAUCUUGUGGCAAUGGAAACAGCACUGGAUACCAAAUUCGUCUCCAGAGUCGGUUGCCAAGGAAACAGGGUUCUAUCUUAUACUGUACAACAGGAAUCAUCCUUCAGUGGCUCCAGUCAGACCCGCAUUUAUCCAGUGUUAGUCAUAUUGUACUUGAUGAAAUCCAUGAAAGAAAUCUACAGUCAGAUGUUUUAAUGACUGUGAUUAAAGAUCUUCUCCAGUUUCGAUCUGACCUAAAAGUAAUAUUGAUGAGUGCAACACUGAAUGCUGAGAAAUUUUCAGAAUAUUUUGGUAACUGUCCAAUGAUACAUAUACCUGGUUUUACUUUUCCGGUUGUAGAAUAUCUUUUGGAAGAUAUUAUUGAAAAAAUAAGAUACAUUCCAGAACAGAAAGAACAUAGAUCCCAAUUUAAGAGGGGUUUCAUGCAAGGACAUGUAAAUAGACAAGAAAAAGAAGAAAAAGAAGCAAUCUAUAAAGAACGAUGGCCAGAUUACAUCAGGGAACUGCGAAGAAGGUAUUCUGCAAGUACUGUAGAUGUUAUAGAAAUGAUGGAUGAUGAUAAAGUUGAUCUGAAUUUGAUUGCUGCCCUUAUUCGGUACAUUGUUUUGGAAGAAGAGGAUGGUGCAAUACUGGUCUUUCUACCAGGCUGGGACAACAUCAGCACAUUACAUGAUCUCUUGAUGUCCCAAGUGAUGUUUAAAUCAGAUAAGUUUAUUAUUAUACCUUUGCAUUCGCUGAUGCCUACAGUAAACCAGACACAGGUAUUUAAAAGAACUCCUCCUGGUGUUCGGAAGAUAGUAAUUGCUACCAACAUUGCUGAGACUAGCAUUACCAUAGAUGAYGUAGUUUAUGUGAUAGAUGGAGGAAAAAUUAAAGAGACACACUUUGACACUCAGAACAACAUCAGCACAAUGUCUGCUGAGUGGGUUAGUAAAGCUAAUGCCAAACAGAGGAAAGGUCGAGCUGGAAGAGUUCAACCUGGGCAUUGCUAUCACCUGUAUAAUGGCCUGAGAGCAAGUCUUCUGGAUGAUUAUCAACUACCAGAGAUUCUGAGAACACCUUUGGAAGAACUUUGUUUGCAGAUAAAGAUUUUAAGACUAGGUGGAAUUGCUUAUUUUCUGAGUAGGUUAAUGGAUCCACCAUCAGAUGAGGCAGUGUUACUGUCCAUAAAACACCUGAUGGAACUGAAUGCUCUGGAUAAACUAGAAGAACUGACACCUCUYGGAGUCCACUUAGCCCGGUUACCAGUUGAGCCACAUAUUGGGAAGAUGAUUCUUUUUGGCGCUCUCUUCUGCUGCUUAGACCCAGUGCUCACCAUUGCUGCUAGUCUCAGCUUCAAAGAUCCCUUUGUCAUUCCAUUGGGUAAAGAAAAGAUUGCAGAUGCAAGAAGAAAGGAAUUGGCAAAGCACACUAGAAGUGAUCACCUGACCGUAGUGAAUGCAUUUGAGGGCUGGGAAGAAGCUAGGCGGCGUGGUUUUAGAUAUGAGAAGGACUACUGCUGGGAGUAUUUUCUGUCCUCAAACACACUGCAGAUGCUGCAUAACAUGAAAGGACAGUUUGCUGAGCAUCUUCUUGGAGCUGGAUUUGUAAGCAGUAGAAAUCCUAAAGACCCAGAAUCUAAUAUAAAUUCAGAUAAUGAGAAGAUAAUUAAAGCUGUCAUCUGUGCUGGUUUAUAUCCCAAAGUUGCUAAAAUUCGACUAAAUUUGGGUAAAAAAAGAAAAAUGGUAAAAGUUUACACAAAAACAGAUGGCCUGGUUGCUCUUCAUCCUAAAUCUGUUAAUGUGGAGCAAACAGAUUUUCACUACAACUGGCUUAUCUAUCACCUGAAGAUGAGAACAAGUAGUAUAUACUUGUAUGACUGCACAGAAGUUUCCCCAUACUGUCUCUUGUUCUUUGGAGGUGAUAUUUCCAUCCAGAAGGAUAAUGACCAGGAAACCAUUGCUGUAGAUGAAUGGAUCGUGUUUCAGUCUCCAGCAAGAAUUGCCCAUCUCGUUAAGGAAUUAAGAAAGGAACUAGAUAUCCUUCUACAAGAGAAGAUUGAAAGCCCUCAUCCUGUAGACUGGAAGGACACGAAAUCCAGAGACUGUGCUGUCCUGUCAGCUAUUACAGACUUAAUCAAAACACAGGAAAAGGCAACUCCCAGGAACUUUCCACCACGCUUCCAGGAUGGAUAUUACAGCUGACAACUUUUCUGUGGUGAUCUGAAAAGCCAGUUUGACAACCAUUUUCCUCAUGGUUUAACUUCUGGCUAAAUGCCAAACUCUGGGACAUGACCAAUUUUCAUUUGUAAGGUAGAAGCCUUUAGUGAGUAGUAAAGAUUUAAUGUGCAUGACUUGAUGAUGUUAUCUGUAGCUAUUCUAAAUACGCCAUAAAAAGCAAUAUGUUCUCUGAUCAUAGUCUGUUGGGUCAUGCCCACUCUUUGGAACUAUUCCUCUGAGUCUUGUACCAUAAGAAAUUCCUUUGUUCUGUUAUAAAAAAUUAAUUUUCUGUUCAUAAUUAAGUGCAGAACCAGUAAAAAUGAAUGGUUAGCCAGAAAGCAGGGUCAGGUAAGAAUUUGAACACAGCCACAUUUUUAAAAAAAUGAAACUUUGAACAGAAGUAAAUUUGUUGUACUAAAGCCCAGUAUUUAAUAAAAUGUACAGUAUAUAAAGUCUCAGCUAACUUCUUGGCUUGGUUUCUACAUCUCCACCCUCCCUUGGUUUCYUUGGUGUUUAUGCUAUUUCUAAUAUACAGGUCCUCCUCUUCAUGCCUGGUACAGCAUGAUGUGGCAGCAUUAGAGAGCAUGGGUCUGCACCCUGAUUAACCAAGUUCCAAUCUCAGCUGUCAUUUAACUAGAUGUCUUAGGCAAGUUACUUGGCUUUUCUGUUUUCUUAAAUAUAGGUAAAUUGUGAGGCUGCAAUAUGUUGAUACUGUUAAGCACAUAGACUAGUGUCUGGUACAUACCAUAUCCUCACUGAGUCUUAUUUAUCCAUGAAAUAUUUUUUAAAUGUAUGGUUUCUUUUUUUUUUUUCAACACAUGCUUUACUUUCUUAGCCAGUGGAAGCUAGUGUGAGGACUGGUAAUGUGUGUUUUCAGCUCUGUCAGAUUUUGACAACAAUUGUUGGUUGUUUUCCAAUAGCCAUUUUGUCCCUCCCUUCUUGCUUUCUUGUCAAAAGUAUCCCCAUCCCUGUGGGGCCUUGGGCCCUCAGAUGUUGAACUCUUCCCCAAGAGUGAAUUAGGUUGUUCUGAGCCAAUUGUGUGUGAUCUUACUCCCUUUAUAAGUCAUUUGUUAGGCGUGAACAUGAGUCUGUCCGUGGCAAUAGCAACUAAGAAGUGAUCUGCAACGGGGUGUCUGAGAAAGAUUUUUCUUGCUAAUUGACAUAAAAGAGAAAACGCUGCUCUCUUUCUUUGRACAUUGUCUUGUCAGAAUCUGAUACUGGGAACUGCUGUAGCCAACUUAGGAUCAGAAAGGGGACACAGCUAUAUUCUGAGGUUGGCUCAGGGUGGAAAGGGGACAUCAAAGUCCUUGAUCAUGCUGGGUGAGCUGCAGAAUUUAASUGAUUCUAGAACUGCCUACACAUGGAUUUAUGUUAAUAGAAUAAGUCUUUCAUUUUUUUAAAGCCCCUUUUAGCAAAGUAUUUUUAACUUGGCAGAAAGCAUAUUAAGUGAAACAGUGUCAUUGAGCUGUGGUCUCCUUCUGUUUAUUGUGAUGUAACAGUUUUGACCCUUAUGUCUGAAGGUAUUUAAAAAACGCAGAGAGCAUCCUGCUAUACCCUAAAGAAUACAGAUUUCAUUGUGCCUUCCAAUAAAUUGCAAGGAAACCAAAGGAGUAAAUGUAUCCUUGGUGAUGGGAUGUAUUAAUGAUGGUAUGGUGUUCUGUUAAUGGCACUGGUUCAGUUCCUACUCCCAUCUCUGGGAAUGUGUGUCUCCCAUCAUGUGCUGUGCCUCCUCAGUCCAUUCUCUCAGCUGGUCUCCCACAGUGAGUAUCUGGACUGAGUUAUGUCACAAUAUUGUACAUAUUAGUUUUGCCCAUAAAGUCAAGGUGACCAUCAGGUCCUGUUUGCUCUAGAAGAGUGUUUAUUAUUUGUAGGGAUUUUUUUCCCUCAUAUUAUACAGUUUAAUUACUUGGUCACUUGACCAAAUGGUCUUGGAAGACAGGAUUUAAAGAUUCUGUUAAAAAAAAAAWUUAUUAGUUGAUUCCAUCUUUGCAAACUGGUAUUUAGUCUUCCUGUGAAUGGGAGAACUGCUGAGGAAGAAUUAAUAGGUGAGGGAUUCACAGAAAUUAAAGCAGUUACUGUCACCUCUAGUUUAUUUCUUGUUUCUGAUGCAGUUGGAAAUCUUAUUGAAGGUGCUACUAAUGUUGUUUCUUUUGUUUACAGAAUAGGGCAUUGCUUCAUGGAAAAUAAGUUCUAUAUCUGAAAUGUGUUUGCUGUGUAGAGAUUUUGAAAGAAUAAAGACAUUAAGUUAAGAAAUCAAAUGUCUUACCAUUCUGAGCAGUAUCGAGAAUAACUUGAAAAAUUAACAGUGAAACAGCCAUAUAUGGGGAAAACAUGGAAGAAAUAAACCACUGUAUAGGGUUUAAAAAGCACACAAAGAAAGCAUAUAACACCUGCCUAAUUAUUAAUUAUGGCAAAAACUCUAGAUAAGUUGAUACCAGUUAAUUACAAGCUAUUCUCUAUUUUUACUGCAUUUUUAAAACAAAAGUCCACCCCUACUAGUUAUUAAUUGUAGAAAAAUUUUAGAAGGGAUUUUAGUACCCCCUCAUCCAGAGUAAAUAAAUAGUAGAUUUCCCUCCAUUCUUAGCUCUGAGUUUAUAUUUAGUUUUAAACAACUCUGAUUAUGUUGUAUAAUCAUGUAUUUGUGAUAAUGUUAAUUGUUUUUAAAUGGCAUUUUUAAAACAAUCCAUCCUCACUAAGGAAUCUUUGGAAAUUCAACAUAGAAAUUAAAUCAUGUUACCAUUUGUUAUGUUAUAAUAUAUUUCCAUACUUUUUUUAAACUUUGAAGUAUUUGUAUACAAUGAACUUAAUCAGUUUAAGUGUAUAAGUCAGUGAAUUUUGUCACCUGUAUAAAGUUGUGUAAUUAAUGCCACUACAAUCUUGAUACUGAAURUUUACAUCACCUAAAUAUUUCCUCAUUCUUUGCAGGCAGUUCCCCUUCCCCACUUCUCCCUGGCCUCCAUUCAUAUGCUUUUUGUCAUCAGUUUUUCCUUUUCUAGAAUUUCCAAUAAAUGGAAUCAUGUA